AUGGAACGCUCCCGCUCGCUCCGCGAAGAGGGCAACCUCGCCUUCCGCUCCUCUCAAUGGACCAAAGCGAUCGAUUUCUACACUCGAGCGAUCGAAGCGGUAACGAUCGACGUCGAGACGGCGACGGAGGAGGAGAAGGAACACCUUGCGGCGCUGUAUUCGAAUCGAGCGGCUGCACGGAUACACCUCUUCCUCCUCGAUCACGCGAUACUCGACUCGGAUGUGGCGAUCAAGCUGCGACCAGAAUGGAGUCGGGCUCAUGCACGAAGAGGCGAAGCACUCGCCCGAUUACACGACUUCGCCGAGGCACGACAAGCUUACCUGCUCGCCGUCGAUCUCGCCGAGGACGAAGCGACCCGCUCUCGACACAUGGCCGCAGCGGCAUCCGCCAAAGCCAACCACGACGAGCAAGUCCGGCGGGAGAAGAUGACAGUGUUCGAGAUGGCCGAGUCUGCGCUUUCGUUCGCCGCGACGUACGACAAGUACGUCAAGGACGGAGGAGACCCGGAGAAGGAGGAUCUCGUUUCGGCUUCGACGGCGGCUUAUGCGUGGACGAUGCUGGAGAAGGCGUUUGAGGAGCUGGAUGAGAAGCUAGAGGUCAAGGAGUCGGGUGAGGUUGAGGCGGUUACACCAAGUCCGAGCCUCGACAUUGCAGACGCCAUCAUCACCGACUCACGCUGCUUCCACCUCCCACUCGGCCGCUCACACACCCUCCCGCUCUCCGAAAAACUCCGCCUCCAACUCGCAUGGGACUCGAAAGUCCUCAACCUCGAGCAGUGGAUCAAGCCAAGCGUUGUGCCGAGGGAUGUCGUGAGGCAUUAUGAUGAGAGGGUGAAGAGGGAGGGGUGGGCUAAGGUGAAGGUCGCGCUGGCGCACCUCAUUCGCGGAUCGUUCGUCGCGGCUUACAUUAACGAAGUCCAGCUCCGAACGGCGGAAGCCGUCUCACAGUACCGCUUCAUCCUCGGCUUGCUCGUCGAAGCCCGCGCGCUAUGGGAAGACGUCUCGGAGGAGGAGAAAGGCUCGACGUUCCGCUUUACGUUCGAGCGGAAAGUCAAGAUGCAUCUCGUCGAGGCGCUUGUGGAUGGACACUUCCGACACCACGGCACGCCAGAAGGCGACCAUUUCCCGCUCGCCGAGGCGCAGAACCUCGCCGAAGAACUGAUGGACGACUGCAAGCGCCAAAAAGCGCCGGGCGAUCCAGUCUCGACUUUUGCUUUCCAGAUCCAGCCCGUCGUCGCAGCAGGCAAAGCCUUCGCCUACACCCUGCGUCACCGCGCAGCACUCGAAGAGAACCGCAUCGACUUUCCUGCUGGGUACUGGCUGCAUGGGGGAAUGAUGAAGGCCUGCGCGCGGCUUUAUAAGACGGCGGGACAGUUGCUGCCGGAAGACGAUCCUGAGAAGGCCGUCAAUCUGUUCAAUGCGCUCGCUUGCGACCUGCGCGCGGGCGGCGUCACCUUUGCCGACCUGUUCUCGCGAGCAGCAGAAGCCGAAUCCGCUCUCGUCCCUCCCGAGCGAAUCUUCGGACCGUCCCCGCGCCUGUUCGACUCGCGCAAGCUCGUCCGAUACGCCUGCAACGCUGUCCGCGCCUCUCUCGCCCCGCUCCUCCCCUCGAUCCCGCCCGGCGAGCUCGAGAAGACUGUCAAGCCCGUCCCUACGGUCAUCGCAGAGGCUGUUCCGACGGGAAAGAGCUGGGAGGAUUGCGUGGAUGAGGAGUUGAGGAGGGAAGUGCCUGGGGACUUGGCGGUGGCGGAAUUUACGACGAGCGGCGGUGUCGACGAGCCGGCGAGCUCGUCGUAA